CAGGGUUUACGCUCACUUUCCCAGUUAGGGUCCUAGAAGCAUGGCCGGAGUCAACCCUGCGACUUCGCAGGAUUACGAGGAGGAUAAACGCAAGAUCGCGGCUGUAAUCCCUUAUUACGCCUUCAAAGGCAUUGACCGCUUUUACGACAUCAGCGGCCUUCUGCUAUCUCCUGCUUUGCUUCGUCGGACCAUAGAAAUACUAGUCGAAAGGUACAAGGGCAUGGCGAUCGACAAGAUCGGGGGCUUCGACGCCCGAGGCUUCCUGUUGGGCACGCCGUUGGCUUUGGAAUUGGACAUCCCCUUCUUCAUGCUACGAAAGCAAAGCAAACUUCCAAAUUCUGUGACAGGGGACAGCUAUACAAAGGAGUACGAGGGUGACGAUGGUAAGGGGGGGGACGCCCUGUGCAUCUCUCGCACUGCGAUCAUCCCGGGGGACAAGGUUCUGCUGGUCGACGACCUGAUCGCGACCGGGGGAACGCUCUUGGCGGGCUUGGACUUGGUCCACGCGCGACAAGGAGUGGUGGUGGAAGCGGCGUGCAUGAUUGAGCUGGGAUUUCUGGAAGGUGGAAAGAAAGUGCGCGAGAGGAAUCCUAACGUGACUGUGUGGUCUUUACUCUCCGAGGAUCACUUGCAGACGAGAGGCCUCCCCCCGGGGACGGGAGGAAAUAGCGCCGCGGGCUCUGCCUGUGCUUCGGAUGGGAAGUGUUGAGACGGUUGAGAAAGAAGGUGGGAUGGAAUAAGAUUCAGAGGAACCGUUGGGUCACCGAAAGCACAAUCUUGGAGCAAUGAGCGAGA